ACAGAGCCUGCUUGACUCUCGUUUGUUUCCUCUGUAAUAACUCAGUUUAUCAGCAGUUUAACCGACAAAUAAUAACUUUAACCAAUGGCGAAUCCUCACCGCACCAACAUUCUGGUGACUUCGUGUCUGAAGACCCCGGUGGACCCUCACACCAAAGCCCCGUUAGCUUCAUACGAGCGGGACAGAGUCCUGCCCUUCACGGCCAGGAGCCACCUGGACAACCGGGACUACGAGAAGGAAUUGGAGUAUGAAGAAAUGGGAUCUGAUUUCUGUCAUGAGGACUAUCUGGAAAAGGGGGUCCCUCACAUUAGGAGCGGCCAUAAAGCAGCAGGAGGCUUCCUCGACCUGAGCAAAAUCUUCUUCUCUAACGAGGAAUACUACAGCAAGCUGGAGGAGCUGAAAAAGGCCCACCUGCGCACCAUGGCUGAGCUGGAAAGCAUGUAUCAACAAAAGCUGCAGCUCAAGUCCAUGGAGCCCUUAGACAUGGCAACGCUGGAGUUAGGAUGCAGGGUACCCUGGUCAAGUAUAAGCCCAGCAGCUUCACAUCAUCGUUUGAGAAAGUCCCACUCUGCUGUUGAGCUCCGCUGGGGCUCUGGACAGUCGGACUCAUCCGAUGAGAAUGAAGCUACCAGUUGCAACGUGGAAAAGGGCCUCCUGUUCUCUCCUAAAGAGUGCAUCAAGAACAUGUGGAAGGACUUCAAGGUGUCCCCCGUCAAUCAUCGCACAUCCUCCUCGUCGCUGCACAGCAUGCCAGGAGAUGGGCGGAGUGGGAGGAGAAGGGAGCGAAGAAAUCCCAAAGUGACCGUCGCAAAACCCUUCCACAUGACACUGCGGGAAGCUGAGAAGCAGAAGCAUGGCAUAAAGACACGCUCUGAGGUGGAACUGGAAAACGCAGAGCUGAGAAGGCAGCUGGAGGAGGUGACCGAAUGCCAGAGGCAGUUCCGCGCCAGUCCGGUGCCUGCGCACGUCCAUCUUCCAGUGUACGAAGAGCUGCAGGAGCGAAACGAGGAGCGAAGGAAAGCCAUGCGAGAGCGAGAGGCGCAGCAUCUUCGAGCCCUUCAAAAGCCUUUCAGCUUCCUGGAGAGGGAGAGACUAAAGAGGGAACAGAAGCAGCUACAUCAGCAACAGCAAUCUGACCAGGAGAAAGUGAAACCUUUCAAAGCUAAGCCUGUCCCUAAAUCUGUGUAUGCGGCGGCAUCGGGGGAGCAGAUGAAGGAGGAACAGUUGUACCGAUCCAUCAAGAUACAGAUGAGGGCCCAGGAGAUGCUUAGGAGUGCGUCGGUGCCUCCCAGCAUGCUCACACGACGUCUCAGUGAUCGCAAGAAGACCAAAGAUGGCAGCGCUGCAGCCGGGGGCAAUGACGGCUUUCCCCACAAGCCUCAAAUAAACAAAGAGGUGCCUGAUUUCAACGCUAGCUACAGACGCUUCCAGAAGCAGCUGGAAAGGAGGAAGGACGUGAAGCCUACGACGGCGUGCGAACCCUUUGAACUGAAGACUUCCCAAAUCUCCUCACACCGGGAGCGCAUCCUGGCAGACAUCGAGAAGGACCAGGGCAGCCCUCGGAUGCUGCGAUGGCCUCACAUCAAACCGGGAACGUCGCAGACCCCCAACUCAAGCCUCUGUUCGUCCCUCUCAGGAAGUCUGGAGCUGCUUCCUGCCAAAGUUACAGACGCAACCAAAAAGCGUCAUGAAGCUGUGAGAAAAGCUCUGGAGCAGAGGAAGAAGGCCGAAGAAGAGGAGGAGCGUCGGAGAGAAAAGCAGAGGGAGAGGGAGAGAAUGCUGCAGAGGAUGGUUUUAAAACGUGCCCAAGCCAAUGACCCCCAUCUAGCCCUUUCCCAGACGUACAAGAGCAAGCUAAAAGAUUUCAGGAAACAAGACAUUCAGCGCAAGAAGGAAUACCGCCAGGAGAUCAAAGAGAUGCAGGAGAGAGUGAAAGGGAGGCCGCUGCUGUUGGAGCAGGUUACACAGAGGAACGCCAGACAAGCAGCAGAGAAGCAUUACAUCCAAACCCUGCAAGGAUGUGAUGUGACUGAGGCCUUUAUUAGGGACAAGGCAGCAAAAUCAGCAUCCGAGUGCAAAAUCUCCACAUCUAGAGAGAAGAAUCAGAGCGACCAGGAGGAUGCAGACUAUGAAACGGUAAAAUACAAACAGGUCUACCUGGAUGAUGAAGACACUAAUGAUGCCAGUGAGAAUGAAGAGGAGAGCGAUAAGGCCUCACAGACCCGCCUCCAGGGGGAAGAUGUCAGCGCUCAGCUCACAGACCAGGAUUGCCAUGGAGACGAUCCACACUCGUUGGACGAGAACUACGACUACUCAGACGACCAUGAGAACUUCUCAGAAGACAGCGAGCACGAUGUUGAUGUUAAGGAGCAGGAAUCAGCAAACUAA